CAGUUCAAGUUCCUAACAGAGCAACAUGUUUUUCAGUAGAUUAUUUUCCAAAAAAUGGUAGUGGGAAAAAUACUGAUUAUAUUCAAAUUAUUGAUUUUACUUCUGGUGGAUUCUUUCUUUUUGCCAAUUCAAUACCAGUACAGACAACUCUUUCAUAUGAAAUUAUCGCUUUUAAUGGAACUGUUGAUAAUGGUCAAACUCCCACCAAUUCUAGUGAUAAUUUUUAUAAUGGAGCAUGUUUAUUUGUUGCAGCAAAUUUAAUUCCUAUCGAAAAUGAUCUAAAAAAUGAUCAUUGGAAUAUUGUUCUAA